AUGGACCGCAUCAGCAAACUGACACAGACAGACAGCGGACACCAGUAUAUCUGUGUUAUGAUUGACUACCUCACUAAAUGGCCACAGGUACAGUCUCCACAGCCACCACACCAAAAACCUCCACCUCCGAAACCACCACACCAGCAGGUGCAGCCUCCACAGCCACCACACCAGCGGCCUCCACAACUACCACACCAGCAGGUGAAGCCUCCACAGCCACCACACCAGCAGGUGAAGCCUCCACAGCCACCACACCAGCAGGUGAAGCCUCCACAGCCACCACACCAGCGGCCUCCACAACUACCACACCAGCAGGUGCAACCUCCACAGACACCACACCAGCGGCCUCCACAACUACCACACCAGCAGGUGAAGCCUCCACAGCCACCACACCAGCGGCCUCCACAACUACCACACCAGCAGGUGAAGCCUCCACAGCCACCACACCAGCGGCCUCCACAACUACCACACCAGCAGGUGAAGCCUCCACAGCCACCACACCAGCGGCCUCCACAACUAUCACACCAGCAGGUGCAGCCUCCACAGCCACCACACCAGCGGCCUCCACAACUACCACACCAGCAGGUGAAGCCUCCACAGCCACCACACCAGCGGCCUCCACAACUACCACACCAGCAGCGACCACCACCUCCUCAGCCACCACACCACCACCACUCCAGCGACCACCAUCUCCUCAGCCACCACACCAGCGACCACCAUCUCCUCAGCCACCACCACACCAGCGACCACCAUCUCCUCAGCCACCACCACACCAGCGACCACCAUCUCCUCAGCCACCACACCAGCAACCACCACCUCCUCAGCCACCACACCAGCGACCACCACCACCAUGUAUGUAUGUAA